AUGGACAUUUCAGUGCUGGCAACUUCCGUAGGUACCGAUUUACGGGUCCCGCUCCAUGCGAGGGGUUCGGUGCGAGGGUGCGAGCGGCGAGGGUGCCGCGGCGGCGGGGGCGCGGCUCUCUCAACGCUCAGUCAGUGUCGUCGCGGCGGGAAGAGCGGCCCGACCUCGCUACAGCCCCUAACUAGUGCCCAUCGUAAUCCAGAGCUGCGAGACACGCACCGAUGCAGCGUCCUUGGAGAUGAGCGCUCGGUGCGCCGCGCCCCCACCCCGCCUGUUUCCGUCUCGCUCGCACACCCCGCGGCGCCC